AUGGUAUUCAGGGCCCUCAUGACUGUGCCCAAACACACGUCCAAAACGCCCAAUUCCACUUUGGACUUGUCGUACAUCACGCCCCAGCUCGUGGUUUCUGGCGGUCCCACUGACUCCAAGCACAGAGCAGUGUUUCGAGACAACGUCGCUCACGUUGUGGCCUACUUGGAUCUGAAACACGGCCGUGGCAACUGGCAUGUGUGGAAUCUCCGUGCCGAAGGCGAAGGUUACGCCUUGAAUGGAGUUAUUGGUCCGCACUGCUCUUAUCGUCCCAUUGUAGACCAUGAGAUACCACCUCUCGAGUUCAUGGAAAAGCUUAUGGUGGAGAUCCAUAAUUUUCUUGACGUUUCAUCAGAAAGAGUGGCACUUAUCCAUUGCAAGCAGGGAAUGGGCCGUUCGGGCACCAUCUGUUGUGGGUACCUCAUGUACCAGAUGUUCACAAGAGGCAUCUAUGCUUCUGUGGACGAAAUGGUUGCAAAAUUCACUGCGAAACGCAUGAAAAAGGUGUUUGGACCCGGAGUGUCCAUUGAAUCCCAGCUUCGCUUCUUGCGGUACUGGAAAGUGUAUAUGGAGCUUCCACCAGAUCUUCGUCAAGAUUUUGCCUUGGCCGGGAGCGACCAGCGCUCGUGCCUACUCCAGGUGGAGUUUAAAGGCCCUCAACGGCUUCUUUGGCGGCUGCGGUUGGCACUUGCAACACACAAGGCCACAGAACUCGAAGAGAUCUUCUCCACCUCUUUCCAGAACAACAUUGGAGUUUUAACCAGUCCUCUUCGUCAAUUCUGCUCUGUCGAUCUCAACGUGCCCUUGGCCAACUUGCCUCUAGUAAGGGUACAGCUUGAGGCUCCAGUGGCUAGAUGCCACUUCUGGUUUAGUCCUUACUUGGAGACCAUCGGCAGUAGAAAGAGGCCCAUAGCUGGGCUGGAUGUUAAUAUGAGUUUUCUGGUCAGCUGGAACGAGUGUGACGGAAGGUGGGGGACCAAGUGGAAGGGAGUGCCAUUGUUCGAAAAAAUCACCGUAUCCUGGAUGUACAAGAGUGAAGAAGACGACAAGAAGACCGCUGAUAAUGUUGUAUAA